AUGGCGAAAAAGGGCGCGGCCGGCGGCGAUGGAGGGGGUUCGAAGAAGGCACAAGGACAAGCCCGCAAGGCAGACGCCGCUGCAUCGAAGCAGGCUGCAAAGAACCAACAAGCUGAGAAGGCAGAGGCAGAGGAAUGGAACAAGGGCGCAAAGUCAAAUGCAAAGGCCGAGGCCGCAGCAGAAAAGGCCGCUGAAGCAGCCCGUAAGAAGGCUGAGAAGGAAGCCCUGCUCCGCGAAGAGGAGGCUUCCCUGCCUUCCAAGCCCAAGGGCAAGAACCCCAAAGCAGAGAAGAAGCCCCGCGGGGGCGGCAUCGACUCAGCGCUUGGCUCCUUCGACGCGAAGCCUGGCGCGCUCAACGCCACCGGUAUCGACAACGCCCUCGACGCUCUGGAUAUCACGGGCAACAGCCAGGACAAGGUGGACCGCCAUCCCGAGAGGCGCUUCAAGGCUGCAUACGCUGCGUUUGAGGAGCGAAGACUAGACGAGAUGAAGGACGAGAAGGGUCUGCGACGACAACAGAAGAUCGACCAAAUCCGCAAGGAAUUCGAGAAGCACCCCGAAAACCCGUUCAACCAAGUCAACGCAUCGUACAACAUGACCAGAGAGGAGAUCGCCGCACUGCGCGAAUCAGAGAAGGAGAAGAAGGAGAAGAGGCUUGUGGGGGUCAACUGA